CUUGACUUGUGGAAGCCAGAUAUCGUAGAAGAGAUAUACAGCGGGCGAGAGGUGCACCUCCGGGUCCAAGUCUCCAAUGUGCCGCAGAUGAAGGAGAAGCUUGGUCAACAGAACAUUCCCUAUAAGGUCAUGAUUGAAGAUGUGCAGAAGCUGAUUGACAGCCGACCUGUGAGUGACAACAAGGCGAGGGCAAUAUCCCUGGACACGUAUACAUAUACCGAAUACCAUCCGAUGGAUGAGAUUUAUACCUGGAUGGAACUGAUUAAAGACAAACACAGUAAUUUGGUGGCACAGCAUCUCCUGGGACAUACAUACGAGGAACGUCCCAUCUAUUACUUCAAAAUCGGAUUCCCCGCAGCCAGAACAAAGAAAGUUAUAUUCAUGGACUGCGGCAUCCACGCUCGGGAAUGGAUUGCUCCCGCGUACUGCCAGUGGUUUGUGAAAGAGAUUCUUGCAAGACAGAACGAACCUUUGAUAAACAAGCUCCUGAAGCAAGUAGAUUUCUACGUUGUACCUGUGGUGAACGUUGACGGAUACAUUUAUUCCUUUACUACAGAUCGUCUCUGGAGAAAGAACCGUUCCCCACAUGAUAAUGGGACCUGUUUUGGAGUAGACCUUAAUCGGAACUUUGAUUCACAUUGGGGCACCAUAGGCACGUCGCCGGACUGCGAGAGCAUACUCUUCUGCGGACCAAGACCGGCUUCUGAGUUUGAGACGCAAGGCGUGGUCCGUCUUUUGGAGCCAAUGAAAUCCAAUACUCUCAUGUACCUAACCAUACAUUCCUAUGGACAAUAUAUUCUCCUUCCAUAUGGACAUACAUAUUUGCCAUCUGUGAAUCAUUAUGAAAUGACAAAAGCCGCAGAGAAGGCAGCUGAUGAAUUAAAAAAGAAGUAUAACACUGAAUACCAUGUGGGAUCUACAGCUGCCAUAUUAUAUUACACCUCUGGAUCUUCGGCAGACUGGGCAAGUGAUCUGGAUAUUCUGUUAAGUUACACCUAUGAGCUGAGAGACGAGGGAUCCUUCGCCUUCGAGCUGCCAGCUGAUCAAAUUGAACCCACUUGUGAGGAAACGUGGGACUCCAUGGUGUCAUUGUUCCAGCACAUAGAUGAAAAGCACCUUGGACCACUUGAAGAUGAUGAUGAUAAUGACGGUGCAGCUGCCCUCAGUACACACUGGAUCCAUAUGAUCAUUUCAUUUUCUGUCUGCAUGUACUACGCUCUGAUACGUUAAUUACACACUCUGUAUUAUGUGCCCACUAAACAUGCAGAAUAAUGCAAUUCUCUACUGCUGUGGAAUAGAUUAGUGAUUAGUGUCCUGAACAAUUGAAUAAUGUGGACAAUAAGACCCAAAUAUUAUUAUCAUACACAGAAGUACUGCAUAUAACUAUAUGUUCAGCUGCCCAACGUCACAAUAACUUUAGCGCUUGUGAAAUUUGAAAUAAAACAGAAUUGUGCUUUA